AUGGCUGAACAUGAUCAAAGAUCUCAGUUUGAUGAUCACAGACUUCCCAACCUCCCCGAUGCACGAUGCACGAGACGUAAAAGAAGCCUCGGAACUAUCCACCUCACCCUCCUCAGACUACACGCUGAACCGCUCGAAACGAACCUAUUCGAAUGGCACUUUACUAUCCGCGGCCCACCCGAACCGUCUCCAUACGCUGGCGGCAUCUACCAUGGCCGGAUAGUCCUCCCUUCUUCGUACCCACUCAGGCCACCCUCGUUUCGUUUCCUUACACCCACCGGCCGCUUUGAAGUCAAUCGCGAGAUCUGUCUCAGCAUAUCUGGCCAUCAUGAGGAGACGUGGCAGCCAGCGUGGGGUGUGCGCACGGCCCUCGUUGCGAUUAGAAGUUUCAUGGAUACCGAUGCCAAGGGCCAGCUCGGUGGCAUUGAGUGCAGCAAGAACGCACGAGAGCGCAUGGCCAAGGAAAGCGGUGCAUGGAAAUGUGCGGGGUGCGGAAAAAGCAACACGGAAAUCAUGCAGGAACGCGAGGAGAUGGUCAAGGAGAUUGAGGAGAAGGAGGGCAAGCGGAAGGACGAGGACGUUCCCGAGGAGCUGCGACUCGCUUAUCGAGAUGAGCUCGGGAAGGGGGAAAACGCGGACGACAAGGUAGACAAGGGCAAGGGGAGGGCAACCGAAAGCCCUGUCCAAGUGAAACCUGCUGCUUCUCCAUCAGGUUCGGAAGCGGCGGCAGCAACUCCUAUCGUGGAUACAGCACGUCCUGUACCUGUUGCACCUAUGUGGCUGCACUCUUGUUCAUGGUACUGA